AGCGCCACAGCCUGGGGUCAGGGUCCGGGGGGACACAGAGAGCUGCUGGCAGGGGAUGCAGCCGCGCUGCAGUGCUGGGUGCCGAGCGGGCCGCGGCUGCCGCUCCUCUCCUGUGGGCUCAGCUGCGGGGCACGGCAGGGCACCCCAUGGCCACCAUCCCGCCACCUCAGGCGCUGCUGCGGCCGCUGGCCGUGCCGCAGAGGCUGCUGCUGGGGCCGGGCCCCAGCAACGUGCCCCCCCGCAUCCUGGCGGCCGGCAGCCAGCAGCUCCUGGGCCACAUGCACCCCGAGAUGCUGCAGGUCAUGGAUGAGAUCAAGGCAGGCAUCCAGUACGCCUUCCAGACCCGCAACCGCCUGACGCUGGCCGUCAGCGGCACCGGCCACUGCGCCAUGGAGGCUGCCCUCCUCAACCUGCUGGAGCGCGGCGACACCGUGCUGGUGGCCAUCAAUGGCAUCUGGGGACAGCGUGCCGCCGACAUCGCCGGGAGGCUGGGUGCUGAGGUCCGCGAGCUGCUGAAGCCUCCAGGCGAGUACUUCACCCUGCGGGACAUCCAGGAGGGCCUGGCACGGCACAAGCCCUCGGUGCUCUUCAUCACCCACGGCGAGUCCUCCACGGGGGUGCUGCAGCCGCUGGAGGGGCUGGGCGAGCUGUGCCACCGGCACGGCUGCCUGCUGCUCGUGGACGCGGUGGCAUCGCUCGGGGGAGCGCCCAUCCUGAUGGACCAGCAGGAGAUCGAUGUCCUGUACUCGGGAUCCCAGAAAGUCCUCAGUGCCCCCCCCGGCAGUGCCCCCAUCUCAUUCAGUGAGCGAGCAAGGGAGAAGAUGCUGAGGAGGAAGACAAAGCCCCCGUCCUUCUACCUGGACAUGGGCUGCCUGGCGAACUACUGGGGCUGCGAUGACAAGCCACGCAUGUACCACCACACAGCACCCAUCAACAGCUUCUUCAGCCUGCGGGAGGGCUUGGCCAUGCUGGCGGAGAUGGGCCUGGAGAGCUCGUGGGAGAGGCACCGGGCCAACUGCACCCUCCUGUGCCAGGGGCUGCGGGAGCUGGGGCUUGAGCUCUUCGUGAAGGAGGAGGCAGCGAGGCUGCCCACCAUCACCACCGUCAGGGUGCCCGAGGGCUACGCCUGGCAGGAGAUCACGGCCUUUCUGAUGAAGGAGCACGGCCUCGAGAUCGCCGGGGGCCUGGGGCCCUCCGUGGGCAAGGUCUUGCGAAUCGGCCUCAUGGGCUACAACUCGACCAAAGACAAUGUGGACCGUGUGCUCGGGGCCCUGCGCGAUGCCCUGCAGCGCUGCCGCCGGAGCAGGCUGUGAACUCCAUGAGCAGUGGGGGUUCCUCUGCCCACCGGGGGACCUGGCAGGAGGCGCUGCGGGACCCCAAAUGGGGCCACACGGGGU